AAUUAAAACAACACCAUCUCAAACAAUAUGUUUUUGUAUUAAAUGUUUCUUUAGUUGUAAUAUCAAGGGUCGGGUUAUGACUCCUGCGUGAUGAUGAUUUUCUGUAAUUGAUGUCUGUAGAAGGAAAAAUUGGGAAAUGAAGCCUUCUUAGAUGUACCGUGCAAGUUUUUUUUUUUUUUCUCAACUUAAUAAUGCUGCCAUCUCAUGUAUAUGGGAUGAGAAGGAAACUCUUUUUCCAGGAAUUUCUACUUCUAAAACUCAAAUGAUAGUUAAAUGAAGAACGUAUUAGCCUUUUGUUUUAUCUUAUAACAUGAGCUAUUCUAACUGAUAUUAGAUAUUCUAACUGCUAAGGAUUUGUAUGUCGGACCUAGACUAUUGUGGACCUCUAAAAUAUUUAUCCAUUCCGCACUUUCUAUUUUGAAGGUCAAGGUUGCUGGGAAACUAAGAAAAUUUCUUGGCAUUUGAUCAUAUCAAACCUGCCAUCUGUGAUUUGUCAAAAAUUGAAAAAGGAUUUACAAGUUGUUAGCUUCUGAUUGGCGCAUUAUGUGGUGUUCAUUUAUUGAAUACCCCUUUUUGAUUUUUUUACAACACUGUAGCUCAGCAUGAGCGCAAUUUGUUGAACUUGUGUCUUACAACAAAACCUUCUUUCUACUAAUAAAAGUAAAAAGAAUGAGUUGAGAUCUCUUAAGUGUAUACUCUUUCUAGAUUCGAUGCAGUAAGGACUUGCAGGUCCUAUUUCUAAUACAGAAAUACCUGGUCAAAUUCUUAUUGUUUAGCUCAUCAUGAAUAGUCCUUUUCAUAUUCUUUUUUACCUAGCUAGAGCUAGUGUAUUAAUCAGGCAUUUACUGUUUACUUUUAUUUUAAAUGGUUGAAAACCUUCCAAAUUAAAUAUGAAGUAUCACCAAAGUAAAGCUGUUUUUUUUCCACAAAGUCAUUUUUUACUGUAUUAAUUUUGCGUAGUUACUGUAAAUUUGGUUGUUUCCCUCCAUGUGAUGUGCAACUUAAUAAACAAAAAUUGUUUCGGUCAUUUUGUUUUAGUGUUCCGCCUUCCCCUUCCCCUUCCCCUUAUCAGUUGCUCACUGCUAAUGUUAAUUUCAAUACCUAGAUUAAAAAAAGUAGGAGUCUUGCUGCCAUUCUUUCUGUUAACCAAGUGUCAGGGUUACAGAAAAUCAUAUAUAGAUGCACCAAAUAUUUAAGCUUGUAUUUGUCAUAUAUAGAAGUUAUCCGCUUUGAGAAAACUCUUUAGAAACUUUCCCUUUCAUAUCAAACCUUUCACUGUAGGUCUAACAAAAUGAGCUCCGACCGAACAUGCAAUAGCUCCUCCUGGACUAAGGAGGAAGACAAAGCAUUUGAGACCACCCUUGCCAUUUAUUCUGGAGAUAGCAAUCUACUGAUGAAGAUUACAGCAGCAGUUCCUCGGAAAUCUCUUACCGAAAUUAUUCAGCAUUAUAAUGACCUUGUUGAAGAUGUCAAUGACAUUAAAUUGGGAAAUUCCCCCUACCUAAAUAUGGGAGAGUGCAAAGUUGUUCCAGCCGCAGAAGUAGAUUAUCAGGAGCAGAGGUAGAACGGUGGAAAGGGAUUGCUUGGACUGCAGAUAAACACAGAUCCAACAAAAUGAACUCCGACGGAACAUGCAAUAGCUCCUCCUAGACUAAGGAGGAAGAUAAAGCAUUUGAGAAUGCCCUCGCCAUUUAUUCUGGGGAUAGCAAUCUAUUCGUGAAGAUUGCUGCUGCAGUUCCUACGAAAUUUCUUCAAGAAAUUAUUCAGCAUUAUAAUGACCUUGUUGAACAUGUCAACGACAUUGAAUUGGGAAAAUUCCCCCUUCCCAAAUAUGGGAAAAUGCAAAGUUGUUCCAGCUGCAGAAGUAGAUUAUCGGGAGCAGAAGCAGAACGGCGAAAAGGGAUUCCUUGGACUGCAGAAGAACACGGGUUGUUUCUCCAGGGGUUGGAGAAAUACGGAAAAGGCAAUUGGCGAAGUAUAUCGAGGAACUAUGUGUUAUCUAGAACACCAAGACAAGUGGCAAGCUAUGCCCAGAAAUUCUUCGGUCGACUAAAUGAAAAUGACAAGGCGAAGAGGAGAAGAAGCGUUCAUGACAUCACUAGUGUGAAUGCUGCUGAUUUGCUGAACCUCACAACGACAAAAUUCUGACUGGUUGAAAGGACCUUGUGGAGGACAAUUACAGUGGCCAAUCACCGACUAUGUGACUGAAGCUCUUGACACAGGGAUGCCAUCUUUACCAGGGCCAGUUACCAACUGCAUGACUAAUGCUAUCGAAGGACCAUCAGCUGUAAACCAUGAGAAAUUUCCCCUUGGUGCUUCUGUUGGUAGUGAAUUGGAUAGUUCAUUUCCCGACGUGUAUGAGUUCUUGCUAAGCAUAGAAGAUGUAAUCACUGUACCGGCAGAGGGCACCUCUGGAGCGCGGCAUAGUGUUGACCCUGUGAAAUCUGCAUCACUUAGCUUGCAACCAUCUGUUGCUGGUGGCAACCGAAUGUACAAUCAUCCAGUCACUAAAGUCGGGUCGCUGGAAGAGCUAAUGAGCAAGCAGUUGGUUGGAGCCUCUCAAGCAGGUCCUGUUGUUAACACUGCAAGUUUUCCACCAUCAGUUGUCGAUCAUAUUGGAGUCCAUGGUUGUACAGCUUCUAGCACUGGCGCUACGAAUGGUCUUGAGAGCGCCAUGGGAGCUCCCGAGGGAGGUUUUCCUGUUGAUACUAUGCAAUUACCAUCAAUUCCUGGCACUAGUGGCAGUGGAACUUAUCCAGGCGUAAAAACUAGCAUCAAAGACGAUAACAUCUUUGAUUUAGAAGACCUAUUCCCAGAUGACAUAAUUGGUUUUGGCAAAUAAUAAUCUGUUGCUGGUUUCAUUAGAACAACCACUGCUUUCAGUCCAUGAGGUGAUUAUCAGUUCCUUCUCUUUCAGUCACUGCUCAUGUAUGUGAUGAUCUUUGGAUUGGUAGUAUCAUAAAAGUGUCUGAAAUUAUGCGCUGAUAUAUCUUUCUUGUUUCAAACAAUGCAAAUUUGGGGACGGCUUGUGGUAAAUACUAGAGGAUCUGUUGCCUGAACAUUAUCGACCCCGGUGAUUCUGACAUCAUUAAGAAUUGCCUGGUGACCAGUGAGGAAGCCAUUCUGAAUCUUGGAGAAUUGAGCAUUAGUUUUUUCAUAUGAGAAGAACAGCUAGUAGAUGAAAAUUUUACUUUAUUGUGGUUACUGUCAAGAUAGUCUUGAUGGUAUUGGAAUCAAUUUUUAAUUUACUAAAUGGACAAUGAUUUGUUGUGCCAUAUUUGACACUUUUAAGUUGUUAGUUUUUGGAAUGUGCAACUCCUAGCUUGCUGUGAACAUUCACCAAGUUGAAUUCAUCUAAAAAGCACUUGCAUGAUUUAGCACAACCUUGGAAUUUGGCAGGUCAAAUCUUGUUGGAGUAAAA